UGUGUAAUCGUUUAGCAUCCUAAGAGAUAAUUGUAAGAUUUGAAUUCCUUAUUUAUUUUCUUUUGACUGUCUUGUCUAUGCGAACAGGAUCCUUCAUGAUUUCUGUUAUUUUCUUUUGCCUUAUUAUUUUUUUGUAGGAGAUAUAAUUUACAGUUCUCAGGAAAAUGAGCAGCCGUAGUACAAGCAGAACUCUCUAUGUUGGGAAUCUGCCUGGUGAUAUACGCGAGAGAGAGGUCGAAGAUUUGUUUUUGAAGUAUGGACGCAUAGCCCAUAUUGACUUGAAGGUUCCCCCAAGGCCUCCUGGUUAUGCAUUUGUUGAGUUCGAAGAUGCUCGUGAUGCUGAAGAUGCACUUCGUGGUCGUGAUGGCUAUGAUUUUGAUGGUCAUCGUUUACGGGUUGAACUUGCACAUGGAGGGCGUGGACAUUCAUCUUCUUCAGAUCGUCAUAGUAAUUAUAGUGGUGGUCGAGGUGGGCGUGGGAUGUCCAGGAGAUCAGAUUUUCGUGGU